AUAUUUUUCUUCCCUGUGUAUAGAUAGUGAGAAGUGCCGUGGCUGACGUGCUUGGUAGAUGCAGGAAACAUGGUGCUCGAAUCGUUGCUUUCCCACCGCUGGGAGUUGGCAGAUUGUUCGGAUAUCCACCCAACCAAGUUGCCAGGACAAUGCUGUCAGAACUUAGUCGUCAGCUUUUAUCAGGAAGGAAUAAUCUGGAGACAAUUUCGUUGGUUAUAUAUGGUGGUGAGCCGUAUGAAAUAUUUGACAAAGAGUUUCAAGCUUUUAAUCAGGCACCUGGUAAUACUAGACAGAACCCGAAUCACCAAAAUUACAGUUUACCGCCAUCUGGUGUCAGACAUCAACCUCCAUCUGGUUCCAACAGAUAUGAACGACAACAUACGGGUGGUCAACAGUAUUCCGGAGGAAGGCCUCCCAGGGGCAGGUCGGCUAAUGUUGCAUCUCAUCAUCGUGGAGAUCACUCUUCUGGUAAUUCACGUGGCUCUUCGGACCGAAAUACGGGUAGCAGAAAUAAACAAGAUGACGAUCGUUCAAGUGGGAAGAAAAACAACAGCCAAAGUUUUUUUCAAGAGAAAGUUCCUAAUUUCAGUGCGAAAAUUAUAGCUGAAAACAAGGGAGAAUGUACAAAGGCAAUGACUGCGUUUUGCAAGAAGGUCAAGGACAAAUUUCUAUACGAAGAAAUUAUUGAGAAGAAGCAGAAAAUUUCAGCGUCCUCGAAACGGAAAAUAGUAAAUAUAAUUUCUGCGAGCGACAUCAAAUGUAUCAAAGAAAAAGAUAAAUAUAGACUGAGGGGACUGAAGGGAAAUGUCAGUAAAGCUCAUUCAGAGAUCUUGAAAGUUCUUUUGGACGAAAAAAGUACAGAGACAAUACGGAAACGGAAAACAAAACCUAAGAGAGAAACGCGUCAGUUUGUUGAAGUUAUGGUCAGUGAUGAACCUGAAGCGCCAGAUUACUGGAAGAACUACAAGGAAGGGGAGACGUUGGUUCAGUCAGCUAAACGUUUCUUUAUGGGUAAGAAGUUUGAAAAGGUUCCAUUGAACAAAGACAGCCAGCAAUUCAAAUCCAUUUUUAGGAUGGUCAAUGCUACAUUUGAAGCCCACUUAGUAGGACAAGGUAAAGACGCAGUUGGCCUGGAUGCACUGGGGUACACAAAACUCUUUGUACUGAAGGUAGAAAGAAUAGAAAACUUUGGCUUGUAUGAAAAGUUUACGAAGACAAGGCAGUCAUUAUAUCGACGACUGUACGCGUCACCUGAAGUCAGAUUUCCAAAGAUAGAAAACCUACAGAAAUGCACUGGCGCUAUUGUUACUACCAAAUUUGUUCAUCCACAUUUAGAUAAAGACGUACAUCCUGAAAUAAAUGAGUGUUUACUUUUCCAUUCUACUAAACCGGAACUUGUAAAUGUUAUUUGCAACGAUGGAUUUGAUCCGAGACUUGGAAGUGGAACUGCUAUGUUUGGGGCAGGUAUAUAUGGAGCGGAAAAGGCGACAAAGGCAGAUCAAUACGCAGAUGAGAGAGAUAAUAGGUCUGCAGGACCCAAAAAUCCAAAAAAGAUGUUCCUGAUACGGAUGGUGCUUGGCAACGCAUUCCUUUGUAGUGACAAGAACCCUUACAAGUAUCGGCGGCCACCUUGUACACGCUGUUACAGAGACGACUGUUCAAACCCCAAACAUGAGAAAGGAAAAUUUGGUCAUUAUUUCGAUUCGGUUGUAGGAGACAAUUCAAAAUUAUUUCGUGAAUUUGUAGUAUAUGACAACAGUCUAUGCUAUCCGGAAUAUUUGAUUACAUACGAAAGACGAGUGUGAACGAUUACAUCUUGUACAUCAAAAAAGCCCCAUUACCAGGGAACAAAGAAACUAAUAAUUUUGAAACUAAUAUUUUAGGACGACAGCUAAACAUAUUGUAGAUUUACUUAAUAUUUUAUUAGUAGGACACGAAUAUAAGAAGCGACAGACUCUCAUUUCUUAAGGAAUCUUGUUUAAACCACGAUGAGAAAUGACCUAGAUUUUAACCAUAUAUCUGUAGCCUCCAUUUGAAAUAUGUAACAAUUGUUGAUAAGGCCGUGACUUUAUUAUUAUAUGACAGAAAAAUCACAAAACUAGAGCUAUCACUGAAGUUGAUGAAUGUGCCGCACUCCCCGCAUGCGCUGAAACUGUACAUUGCAAUUUAACGCACACAAGAUUGCAUAAUUAUGUGGACUGUAAGUAUAUACAAUCUAUGUUUAUUAUAUAGUAACACAAAUUAAAGUCCCAUAACUCUACAGAAUAUUUGUUAGAGAACCUAACAUGCGCCAUGCACAAGUAAGGUUGGUACUGAUCAUUUGUGUGAAGUUUCAUUAAAUUUUGUGCAAUGAUUCGGGAGAUUAAGCCCGCACAAGAUUACAAAUGCAGACUAUGUAUAUAGUAUAGUUUAUCUGAAGGGGAUGAGAAGAUAAAGUGUGCACAAGAUUGUGUCUACGGACAGACAGACAGACAACCUGAAACCAGUAUACCCACCAACCACCUAACAACUUCGUUGUUUGGGGGGUACAAUAAUGUUAUGGCAUAUUGUACGAAAUAUAAGUAUGUAAUGAAGCAGGAAAUGAUAGUUUCUAGCUAAAAUACAUAGAAACAAAAUAGACAACGCUGUGCUGCGAAAGCUAUCAUGAUAAGCACACAUGCACUAAUCAGUCCAGAUACAGAAAUCCGGGGCUAAAUGCUCAACGAAUUUUCAGCAUAAUGAUGAUGAUAUUACCUCUGGUGACUAAAACCAUGUUACAGAUUAUGUACACAAUAUCAUAUGCCGUACCGAAAUGCAUAAUUUGUUGAGGGUCACCAAAUAGUUUAUAGAAUAAAAAUUUGUCCAGCAAAUAUUGUAUCUACUUGCAUAAAAAAAACCCCACAUGCAAGCUGUUACACUCGUUUCAUUAAUAAUUAUAUUAGAAGUUUUCGCCAUAUAUAUUUUCAAAGGUGACAAUAAAAACUAUAAUCAACUAUA